AUGGAGAAUGAGAUCACUAACUUUAUGAAAAUUUCGAUCUCAGUCUUUGUCUCUACCUGCUAUUGCUAUGCUGUUGGUCGGGUGGUUUCGAAAGGAACUGCAAGACUCUUAUGUUUGGUCCCAAUAGUUUGCCUCUUCUCGUAUCUUCCUCUCUAUUUUCACACCAUCAAUCUUUCAGGCCUUGGUGGUUUUCUCAUUGCCUGGCUUGCAAAUUUCAAGAUCUUACUCUUCGCUUUUGGCAAAGGCCCUUUGUCAUCAAAUCCAUCAACCUCUCUUGCAAGUUUUGUGGUUGUAGCUUGUUUUCCCAUCAGGAUCCACCAAAAGCAAUCUUCGAAGUCACAUCUACCCGACCAAGAACUUAAAGAUGGUAAAACAUUUAAAAAUUAUGCCAUCAAGGUUUUGCUUUUUGCUAUAUUGGUCAACGUUCCUCACUACAGGGAUUAUAUCCAUCCAAAGAUCAUUUCCUUCCUCUACUUUCUCCUUUUGUACGUUGAACUUGAAACUCUCUUGGAUGUAACGGCCGCCCUGGUUCGAGUGUCCCUGGGGCUAGAGCUCGAGCCACCGUUCAAUGAGCCAUAUCUCUCAACCUCAUUGCAAGACUUCUGGGGCAGAAGAUGGAACCUCAUUGUUUCAAGUAUCCUACGACCUUCUGUUUACGAACCAACACGGAACCUUGCUUCAGUAAUUGUGGGCAGACAGUGGGCACUUAUUCCAGCAUUCUUCGGGACAUUUCUUGUGUCAGGACUCAUGCACGAGCUUAUUUUCUACUACAUGGGGCGUGAGAAGCCAACAUGGCAGCUCACAUGCUUCUUUCUCCUCCAUGGAGUGUGCGUCGCAUUUGAGAUUGCUUUAAAGAAGAAGUUUGGCGGGAGGUGGCAGUUGCCACCGCUGAUAUCGGGGGCUUUCACAAUCGGAUUUGUAUUGUUGACAGGAUUUUGGCUGUUCUUGCCGUCGUUAUACCGGUGUAAGGCCUUUGACAGGGGAUCCGCGGAGCUUGGCGAAUUACUAGCGUUCUUAAAGAAAGGAAGCCAGCGUCUUGUCACUUAG